CUCACCCUCACCUCCACUUCUCCAUGGCGUCUCCGUCUCGUCCCCAUCCCAGCCAGCACGGGCCUCCCCUUCUCCCCCAUUUCUCCGUCCGCUUGGGGCCUCCCCGUGGCAUCUCCCCCGCCGCCGCCAGCGCCGGAGAUGGCGACGGUUUACUCGGGGGGACGCCCCUCCCUCCCUUGUCGCCGGCUCCAUCCCCAUCGCCCCUCACCCUCCUCUCGAUCCAUGGCGGAUUCGGCGACGACAUCGAUUAAUUUUGUGUUCGGACACAGGUUAACAUUCAUGAGGAUGUGUGGAAGACAGGGCAACAAUCUUGGAAUUCCACGGUUACGAGCUGGUCACACAGUGCAAAAGAGUUGUGGAAGAACCCAAGGGUAACAAUGAUCCGGAUUGAGGUACUUGUAUCGUUGGUUGCUGGCAUCCUACUCUUCCUCGCGGUCUCUGGGUCCCACUGUCGCCGGUGCAGAAACUGGUUUUUCCAGAAAGGUGUCUUAGGCGCGUACGCCUUGUCCUUCUCACUGGCAAGGUAUACACUCGGUUCCAUGCAAUCUUCUGAGUUGAAGAGCAGCAUAUACCCUAUUUGGAUUAUAUCUCUCUUCAUGCUUCAUGCUUGCACCGACUCUAUCACAGCUUACAGUCUCGAUGACAACAGACAAGUAACAAGACUCGAAUACCAAGCUGUCAUGUACAAUUUAUACGUGGUGUUGCUUUUCGUCACAGUGCAGAAGGACUACAUCCCAUCAGUUGCUUUUAUUUCCUUAAUUGCUUUUAUCAGGUAUUUGCAGAGAGGUACAACAAUUAUGCUAGCAAGCCGCUCAUGGAAAUUGAACAAAAUGGUUGCUGAUUACAUGUAUGAUGAUGAAAAGCAUAAUAAGGAUGUAUUUGACCCAACCACCAUGGAACGUUGCAAUUACCUGGUUGACUGGCCCAUUAGCAAAUCCAAGUUUGUCGAUGCUCAAACAUCAUAUUCAGGAGAAUUAACAGUGGAAGAUCCAGAAGAAGUUGAAAUCAUUGACAUUGGGAAGGUAUGGCGGUGCAAGUCACUAGGCCCAGAGCUAAAGGAUGCAUGCCUUUCCAUCUCUCUUUUCCAUCUGUUGAGAAGGCGCUUCUUUGGAUUUGCCUGUGACGAAUCCAAAGACAGGGCACACAAUUUUUUCUUUGAAUGUCUUCUAUUGGAGAAAAAAUUAGAGGGUUCCACAGACUACAACAGGGUGUUCAAGGUGAUUGAGGUUGAGUUAGCAUUUAUGUAUGACUUCUUCUUCACCAAGUAUGCCACUAUUUAUUAUGGGUCAAUGGCUGCAACAAUUUGGUCAUUGAUUUCAGUCAUUGGCAUAUCUAUCAUGGCAUACUUUACUGCCAGGACUCCGUUGAAGAUUUCUCAGGGUGAUCGGCAGAUCUCGAGUACUGUUACUGAUGAUGUUGUUAUCACCUUAGUGAUACUUGGAUCCACCGCUUUACUUGAAUUCCUACAGAUGUUAUUUUUCUGGAUGGGAAUUUGGGGAAGAGUAUCCUUUGUUUGUAAGUAUAUCAGAGAACAAGCAAGAUUGAAGGGAACAACCUCACAAAGAUUUCUUGCCAAGAUUGGUGUGUGUCUUGCAUCUUCCAUCAUGGUAUUAAAGGCGUUUCUUGCCAAUAUUGGUGUGUCGUAUGCUUCAAACAGACACUAUUGGCAACACAAGAUUGGGCAGUACUCAUUACUUGAUUCAGUCAGCUGCAAUCCUAGUCGAUCAAUCCUUGCAAUCUUACAUUUAAUGUGUAUUUACUGAUUGUCACAUAUAUGUACAUUAAAUGUACGGCUUUUUGACACAUGGAGAACUGCCAUGAUCUGGUUGCAGGAAUUGCUGAUUUGUGGGCCAAACUUAUUACAACAGCAGAUUGAUUGGGUAAUUUUAUUCAGUUGGCUGUAGCUAGAGUGCAGAUGGAGCAAAGGAUUCGAGGUCCCGGUGAGCAGUGGAAGACUCCUUUUUAGCUGCUUAGCAGGCAUGCACUAUUUUGGGUUAAGCUGCUUGGCCCAAAGCAGCUUAACCCAAGAGACGGAUAUUAUCCCGAUUCAGAAAUUUGAGAACAUUCUUCAGCAGAAGGGAAUCAAUUUGAAUCUUAAGAUUGAUGGUCCCUAACCCUAAGGCACCUCGCUCUUUGCGACUUCAUACCAAGCCCAGGAAGCCAAAGAAGAAUUCACUUUGUUCAUUUUCAUUCCCAUGUUUUAUCUGGUUUCUUGGCGUCUGGAACUGAGAACUCUCGUGGCCACUGCAUGUUCGGUGCAAAUCUGCUUCAUAAUGUACUUGAUGCAUUGUUCUCUUUGAGCAGAUCAAGCCAUAGAAUUUGUAUGUCUUGCUCAUGAGUUUUUUUGGGGGGCGGGGGCAUUGCUUCUUCUCCGGCUUCCUUCCGUUUGUGCAUGAUCUAUGGCUCUUCUCGUUCCAAAAUGUUGCAGCGCGUUACCCGUCGUUGUUUCGGUGGACAAAGCCAAAGUUUCAGCUGUCGAGAGGUCUGACAGAGGGCUCAUUUGAGUUAGUAAUGCCGCUCAGGCUGUGAGCCUGUGACUGAUGAAUGGAUG